AUGGGCGGAUCGGAGACCCCGUCGCCCAUGGAGGACGGCGAGCGGAGCAGCGCCAAGAGGGCGAGGGUGCGGUCGCCUCCCGGGGCUCGGGUGAAGCAAGAGGUGCCGGCCGGGGAUGAGGAAGCAAGCCAAGGAAGCGCGCUCGCCGCGGUGGAUGGCGCCGCCGCGAGGGCGGAGGUCGUGGUCAGGAUCGACAAGGAGAUGCUCCACUGCCCGAUCUGCACCUUCCCGUUGAAGCCCCCGAUCUUCCAGCUGCCACGGCCAGCUCCCCACCAACCAGUGCCACUCCUGCGACGGCGGCGGCCUCUACGCUCCCUGCCCGGUCAUGGUCUCAUGGACGUCUUCGUCGCCAAGGCCGUGGUGCCGUGCCCGCACCAGGCGCACGGCUGCGAGGCCUCCGUCGCCUACUACCAGGCCGCCGACCACGGGACCGCGUGCCCGCACGCGCCCUGCGGCUGCGGGGAGCCCGGCUGCGCUUUCGCCGGCUCGCCGGCGGCGCUCGUCGCCCACCUCGCCGCCGCGCCGCACUCCUGGCCCGUGGAUCACGUCCGGUACGGCGAGACGGUCCGCCUCCGCGUGGCGGAGCCCGAGGCGCGGCGCCUGCUCGUCGCGGAGGAGGAGGAGGACGGCGGCGGCGGGGGCGGCCGGCGCGUGUUCGUCCUCGCCGUGGGCGACCGCGCGGCGCGCGCCGUGCCGGUGACGGUGUCGUGCGUCAGGGCGCCCGGCGCGGCGGUGGCGGGGCCGCAGUACACGUGCAAGCUGUGGGCGACGGGGGGCAAGGCCCCCGCCACGGGCAAGGUGGAGAGCGUGCUGGUGGACAUGGAGGUGCCGAGCGCCGCGGCGGCCGGCGCGGUGGCGGCGGACGACGAGGAGGCCACGUUCCUCGGGGUGCCCCGCAAGAUGCUCCGCGGCGCGGCGAGGCAGAUGCUCCUCAGCGUCCGCAUCGACAGGGCCUCCGGCUGACGCCCAUGCGCUGCUGAAUUCACUCGAGCAAUUUUGAUUAUCGAUCGACGAUCGACUAGGUCAUGCUAGCAUAAUCUGUGUUUUGUUGGGCAAGUGCUAGAGCAUAUUACUCGUCUGCUACUCACUGUAGCCAUAUGUGUUCACUCGUUGAGCAACUCUUCUCUAUGACUGUUCUGAUGCUCCCAACAUGCUGAAUAUAUGUUGAAAUUCAAGUUGA